AUGGCUUGUUGCAUGGGUGGAAAGAGCAGCGCGGCGAAGCCCGCCGCCGCUGGUAACAAGAAGUCCUCUGAGGUAGACAAGUCUUUGGCCAUGUUCCGGGCGAGCCUGAAGCAGGCCGCAGCCGACAACGUGUUCGAAUCCUCCGUCGAGGGUUCGUACGCGGCCGCCGGCAAGAAGGGCCCCGCGGGCGAGGGCGAGGCGCGGGAGUCGGCCGCCGAAGCGAUGCAGGAUCGCACCUUUUACCGCGAGCCGCCGAAGCCCCAGAACUUCCUGCCCAGCGCCUCCGCGACGAACACGAAGCCCGCCUCCCCGAAAAACGCCGCCGCGGACGCUGCGCCCGCGGCCGCUGACGAGGCUCCCAAGCCGGAGACCGCGGAAGCGCCGGCAAAGAAGGACGAGGAGGCUCCGUCCAAAACAUCGUCUAAAUCGAACCCGGGCAGCCCCUCCUGGAAGCUCGUGAACACCAGCAUCACGGAGAAAAAGGAGUACUUCGGCGCCAAUCUCGGCAUGGAGGCCACCGCGGAGACCAUUCCGCAGUCCCAGAUGCCGGCGGCGGACGGAAGCGCAGAAGUGCCCCAAUCCGGCACGGCAGACGUCGAGGACGUGAAGGUUGAGGUCGAGACCCCCGAACCCGCCGCGGUGCCGGCGCCCGUGGAGUUGACCGCCGAACAGAUCGCAAAGAACGCCGCCAUCGAGGAAAAGCAGGCCACCUCGAAAAAGCGCGCACUGGAGGAGUUGAAGUCUACUACGAGCGAGUUCGUUGACCAGGAUGUGGUCGCGUAUCCCGCGCCUGCAGCGGGGGAAGAAUCUUCGGCCCAACCCGCAAGCAAGGCUCCGGAGCCCUCCGCGAAGAAGCAGAAAAUCAAAACCGCGGUCUCCGCCCUGGACGAGCAGGUUGCCAUAUGCACUGCAGACAUGUCUGGGUCGUCUGGAAAGAAUGUGAGAUUUGUAUUGCUGAAGUCACAUACCCCUGAACUUUGUGAUGCAUGUUGUGGAAUGGCGCCAACCCUCUGCGGUCAUGCGAAAAUGCAGCCUCUCAUGCGGGUAACGCGCGACUGAGCCGCUCAGAAAUUUCUCAUGCGUGGCUGCGUACUAUUGGAAUCAGUUGUUUGUGACGCAUGUAUUAGCAUCACAAGUUUCCCGACGUCCAGGGAUAUUUUCACUUGAUACGCCAGCAAGGUGAAGAAGGCCAUGAGCGCCGAGGAGAACAACGUGCCGUUGUUAUCCUGAGUAAAAACGUACCCACACCAGAGUUGUAAUGCAGAUUUGCAAAGACAGGAAGACUUGUAAUCAUGCGCAUCCCCAUGAUAGCCAUUUCCAGUCGUGUUUUGGAAGUUGUGAUGCUGUGAACAGGAUGAGCAGAUGAAUCUGUGACGCGGCUGCACUUGCUAACCUGCACUACACUGCAUAGCGCAACUUAUAAUGCGUGACGCACAAAACUCCUAGGUUUGUGUUGCAAAAUCCCCAUCCUGACUCUGGUAUGGGUACGCUUUUACUCAGGAUAGUUGUCUGCGGCGCAAAUGCAGGAGAUGCUGGCGGAAGAACCGAUUUCCGCGCUGGACAGCCCGGAAAUGAUCAAGAACAAGAAGAAAAACCGCCGGAUCCCGCACCCCCACCACCAGCGUCCGCACUUCCGCGCCUACACUACCGGGAAGAAGGCGUAGAGGAAGGAAAGGUUAAGGUAUUGAUGUGAAAUUUUCUUUUCAAUAAAUAUCUUCGUCGUGUAGCUGAAGUUGAUGUUUUCUUGUUCUACACGUGGACGCAGCUGCAGCUAGUCGUUGUUCCAUUUCGAAAAAUUCGCAAGAACAUGAACAAUGAGACGAACGAAACCACCACUCACUCAUCUUCCCAGCGUAAGGACACGAAGAUAGACUCUUUCGAUUUUCCAACAUCUGAAAAAUAGAUUACCACGAUGAAAUAUAUAACAGGUACACGAGGCGUUUUUGGAACAAGAAGCAAAAGAGCACACAACACAAGAACUCAAGACUCACUUCUUUAUCCAGUCAUGUAGAACUAAAGGUGUUGUCAGGAGCGGCACACCUUUUGUCCAACGCGACGGCUGCAGAGGAACACAGGGAGACUUCCGAAAGCUUAACUUUUUCGAUAUUUCAACAAGUACUGUAUCAAAACUUUUUCGAUUCUGUAUCACGAGCUAAAUUUUCGAUUCUGUAUCAUGCACAGCUAAGUAAACGAACGCGAUUUCGAUAUUUUUCAGUCAUACAACAUCUCACAGUCACAUGAUAGGAUUUCAGCAGAUUUAUAUUUUUCAACGAGGGUUACUAGGUUACACGAAAGCAAGAACAAAUGCAAAUCAGAUUAUCAGAAGUUUUUACAGUUGCACAGCACAGCACAGGCUUUUUAUGUUCAGUACUACGCCCCCAUAAGUAGUGGACCUCUGCUGGGGAAGACGAAGUUCUCUUCACCAGCAAAUUAUACAAGCUACUCAAGCUAGCACUCCUGCUUGCACCCAGAAUGUCAUUCUGUUUGUGCAUCCAUAGUCCAAUGUUAUACCCCGAUUUCUGUUUCUUCCCCGAACAACUUUCGAACCCUGGGAAAUCAAUAUAGUCUGAUCAACAUGUUUUGCAUUUUUUCAACAAACAAUGGGAAGAACUCAGUUCGAUCCUUGCUUGUUGUAUUGUGUCCACAAAAUCAUAAAUCACCCGAACCCCGCGGGGUAUCCCCCACUUUAGUUCCUACUUGGAAUUUAUUCCAAUCUGAAACCUCAUUUGGCAACAGGCGACGCACAAAUGCACACUGAAACACUAUCGAAUGGGAAGGAAAACUAUCGACUUUGACGGGAGGAUCACAUUGUUUACGCGACGGGGACCGAUCGCGAUUUCCGUGACACAAGUUAUGUCAAUAUUAUCGCCUUACACACCAAAUCUUGUUCC